CAUCAUCUUUCUUUUUUCUUUUUCUUUCUUCUUCUUCUUCUUCUGCUUCUACUUCCUCUCUUUAGAAUUUACAUUUACUCUCUCCAGCUCUCUCCUGUACACAGACAUAUAUCCGUUGCCUCUUUGUCUUCAUCUUUUCAGCCCCUUCUUUUUUUUUUCCCUCCCUCCCUAUCCGCUAUCCACGCGACGUUAAAAAAGAAAAAUAAAAUCAAACAACACGCAAAUACUCAUUCUUAACACACACAUUGGUUUUUUUUACAUAAAUAUAUACAAUUACAAUUGUCCAUUGUUGGAACAUUCAUUGAACGUCUUCAAUCCUGAUCCAUUUGUAAUUAGAAUUCACCUCAUUGCGUAUACACACAUCUCUUGUUCUAAACACCACUAAUGGGUUCUCAUUCAUCUCCUGGGAGACCCAACAGUCAACAACGACGACACAACCAUCAUGUUUCUGUAGCUUCACCUGACAUCGUCUCAGCCUCGACUACGCCGCCUCCUACUACACAUCACGUAGUAACAGAAACAGAAACAUCGCCACACACAACAUCCUCGGGAAAUUUGACUACAACAUUACUGACUACCCCUACGAUAUUGGAUCAACCCUCUUCUUCUUCUUCUCUUUCUCAUCCCCCUCCUUCUUCCUCUUCUUCUUCUUCUUCCGAACCAAAGAAUGAUAUGUCUCUUGUUGCAUCAUCACGAUCCCAUGAUCGACCACAACGUUCAACCCAUGUCUCAUCCACAGACUAUCCUGCCUCCUUCCGUUCCUCUGCAGAUGAAUCGACCACAACUAGAUCAAUUGAACCACCAAAGAAACGACUGUGGCAAUGCAGAGUCCAAAACCUCACUGAUCUCCUUCUGGGCUUCCUUCGACGAAGGAUCCCUAUCCUGGCCUGGCUGAUCAGUCAUCCCUAUGACUGGAAGAACCAUUUGAUCCAGGACUUGAUUGCAGGCGUGACCAUCUCAGCCGUCAUCAUCCCGCAGAGCAUGGCCUAUGCCAUGCUUGCCUCGCUGCCACCCGUACACGGUCUCUACACAUCCUUGGUCCCAACGGCCGUCUAUGCAUGUCUCGGUACAAGUCGACAUAUGUCUACGGGCACGUUCGCAAUCACCUCUCUACUUCUUGGGCAGUUCACACACAAGAUCCUUACGGAUCAAGGUUAUACAGAUGACUUUUCCUCCGAUGGGGAGUACCAACGUCGUUACCUCCCGCUUUGUCUCUUACUGACCUUCUUUGUAGGCAUCAUCCAGAUCCUACUAUCCAUGGCACGACUAGGCCAAUGGACUUCUAAACACCUCCUACCGACUGCAUUAGUCUCUGGCUUCAACACCGCAUCAGCAUUCCACAUUGGCACCCAUCAAGUAAAACACCUCUUGGGUCUAAAGCCGCCGCGGGAAACCGGGGCCUUUAGCAUGAUCAAGACUUGGAUUUGGUUCGCACAACAUUUCUGGGGAGAUACUCUCUGGGCCUCUUUUGCCAUGGGUCUUGCCGCUAUGGCACUGAUGUAUGUUUUGCAGCGGAUCGAACACCAGCGCCGUUCAGAGGCAGAUCGACUCCAUGAACUUUCCUUUCCGAUCUCUUCACCAAUAGUGCCUCAGACCCCAUCCUCCCUUUUCACCUUUCCCCAAUACCGAUCCACUGUAGGCUCAUCACCAAAGUCUAAAUCUUCUCGCUCAGGAUCUCACCGAGGCAAUAAUACUACAAUGGAUCUGUAUUCGAGAAAGCGACUCCUACACCGACGUGGUAUCGUUCCAAGCGCUGUCUCGGAUCAGGCCCUUUUGACGGCUCAGGAUGUUGCAAUAGAGAAUGCAGAGCAAAGUAUGGAUAGCAGUCCAAACCGGUCCCCUACGACCUCACCUGUUCAGCGUGAUGAUCCAGUCUUGCCUACUUUUCACUUGCCAUCAUCCUCUCGAUCUCCUUACUUGGUAGCGCCCGAGCCUUCACGGUCUGUUCACAUUAAUACAAAGAUAUCAGUAACCCCGCCUUUAUUGCAUAGCCCGACAAGCCCUAAUAACUCUGGACUAUCCAACACAGCCGAAAUCGAGCAGGAACAUCGACAUGGGUACCGCCAGGACCGAGCCCGUCUCUUCCAUAAUAGGUCAACCUACUCCUCAAGAGCAUACCGGUACAAACCUUUUCGCUCACUAACCCCAUCACAUCCUCAUAGGCAGCGAGGAGGCCUGUCCGGCUCUGAAAGUGAACAUGAACCACUCUUAUCCCACAAUACCAAUCAUGGUCAUGGUCAUGGUCACAGCCAUGGUCUUGGACUUGGGCUUGGAAACAAACGCAGGAAGCAGCUCAGGAGAGGCUCUGCUACAUCUUCAUGCGAGUCCACGUGCGGAGCGCCUGACUAUUCUUACUCGGGACCUAAUGCUGGCCCACCAACGACGUACAGUUAUAGUGGACACGAACAUGAGUCUGAGAUAGACAACAAUGACGAUAUACAACAAAGUAGAACCGGAAUGGAGGAUAACAGCAAUCAUCAUGAACAGAAACGGUGGUGGAGCUGGUUAGUUCGCGGGUUCGGAAAGGUUCAUUUCCCUAUCCCCGAUAUCUUUAUCUGUGUCAUUGUCUUCACAGCCGCGACAGUGAUCUUUGAUUUGGACAAGCAAUACGGGAUUGAGGUCAUUGGGUAUAUCCCUACAGGCCUGCCGACCGUGGCUUGGCCACCGACGAUGGUCGAACCAUGGAAGACGAACGACUUUGUUCCUAUGACUUGGCCAAGCCUUUUGAUGGCGAUGGUUGUCUAUGUGAUGUCAUUAUCUGUUGCAAAGCAUUUUGGGAAAGAGUAUGGUUAUGAGGUGGAUGCGGACCAAGAGAUGUUGGCGCUUGGUGCUGGAUCGUUGGUAGGGUCAUGUUUCGGUGGAUAUGUCUGCACGGGCAGCUUGACUCGGUCUGCGAUCCUGGCGCAGCUAGGAGCCCAGACCUUACUUGCGACUCUCGUUGGGGCUUUCAUGGUCCUGAUGAGCCUGCUUUGGUUCACUGUAUUGUUUGAGCGAAUUCCCGAUACUGUAUUAGCGGCAAUUGUGUUGGUAGCACUCAGCUCGUUGUUGGCACACACGAUGGAGGCAAGGCGGUUAUGGCGAGUGGGUCGACGGAAGGAGGCUUUGGUAUGGUGGAUUACUUUUGUGGCAGUGUUGGUUUUCAGUAUCGAGAUUGGUUUAGCAGUAGGGAUGGCAGUGGUUGGAUUGUUAAAGUUAUAUAAGCAUGGGUCUAGGUGGAAGAAGACUUUUGUCCGCUCAGUGAAACAAUCAUCUACGUACCAACGCCUCAUGUUAAUGCUUGGAUUACAAAGCCCGCUUUAUGCCACAGCGGGGCGAGGACUUUAUACAGGGGAUGAUGAAAACGAAUAUUGAUUGAAUGAAAGAGAGGGAAAGAAAAAAGAAAAGAAAAAAGAAAAAAAAAAAUAUCGCACUGAAGAGACGAAUUGAGGUGAAAGUGGUAGCCUUCUCUCUUUUCUGUUUUUCCUGUUGCUGUUGAUCUGAUCCCCUGUAUUUCAUUUGCAAUAAUAUUCAUUGUUCUUGAUUGUAUCCAUAAUAUAAUCAUAGGACAUAUUGUGUAUAG